GCUCUACUUAUGCAGUCAUAGCUUAAUGCAUGGAACGACGCGUCAUAUGUUCGCUCCUGAACGUUGCUAUUCUCCUUUACAUAGUUAACUUUGCGCAUUCUCACUCUGAUGCCACCGGGUGUGACGGUUUCCUCAAUUUAAAAUUGUUGGAGCGCGCACUCCAUGCUUCCAGUUUAGUCAAAGCAAAGGAGAUGAGGUCCACUGGCCACGGAAGAGGGGCUAUCCAGGUGCUGGCACAGAAUGACAGCAUCCAGCCAUACGUACCGCCGUUGGAGCUCCAGUUCUCUGAAACAGGGGAGCAUCAGUCUAAUCAGCAGGCCGUCCUAGGCCGCAUAACAAUUGCAAGCAAGGAGGCCAUCCGAUACGUUCUGUUAAUGUGCAGCGCUAGUGUUGCUGAGGUUAUGUGCGUGGAUCUUGGGGUGAAGCCGCCUACAAGCAGUAGCAUUCGGGUGCACCCAGAGGCAGGCCUAGUGUCAGUGCAUUCAGUAUGCGUAGACAUGGGCCUGCCAAGGAGGCGGGCGUGGGCGCAGAGCCUCCGAGUUUUCAGCAAGGAGCAGGAGAAGUGGGUAGAAGUGAGGCGCCACGUGCCUGCUCACGACUUCCUGCGGUCCUGGACAGCUGCACGAUUCCUACCUGCUCAGUUACCAGUUCCAGAGCAACGUGGUGCGUCGCUAGAGCAUCAGCAAGGGCUAGAGGAGAAUCUGGAGCCUCAGCAACAGCAGCUCCCGCCCUGUGCACCCAAAGUCUCUGCUGCAUGCACAGGGCAGGAGAUAUGACACUCAAGGAAAGCACCGAGGGUGCAAUGGCAAUUAAUGCAGGCGGCGGAGGAGUGGAGGGGGAUGGUAGAGCAGUAACCAAUCGGCCGUACACGGAGGUAGACAACAUCUGCGGGGCGUGGGAGGACAAGCUGGGUGGCGCAUGUGGGCUGGAGGGCAUGGGCGGGUCUAUCACGAAGGCAGGAAUUAAGCUUGCCUUUCAGAGCAUGAGCACCUUCCUUCACAUGGACAACUCCAGCGUUGUAUUCGACUUGGGUGGCGCUAUUGGCAGGAUGCUCCCGUUUGCCAAGGUGGCUGCAUGCGUGUCGUCGGCGUGGAUGGCGGAGUGCGAUGACAGCAAAAUCCAAAAAGCGGUUGCAUUCCUACCUCAGGUAUACGGCGACCUAAUAAAGAAAGGCUUAGCGGCCCCUGUGGGUCAGCUGGACACUUUGAUGGAGGUUAUCCACCAUGACAUGACCCGUGAGGCUGGUGGAUCUUGGGACCGGGUCCGUGCACGGCUUGCUGCGACCUCGCACAUCUACAGCUUCUGUGAGGGCAUUCCCCGCGAAGCAUUGGCGGU